AUGCAUUGGCUAACGCCUUUACUGCUGGCACCGCUGGCAUGCGCAGCUCGCGCACCAUACGAACAGUAUAUCCUGGCUCCAGCCUCGCGAGAUCUAAUUCCCGUCUCUAUAUAUCAGGUCAACGGCUCUGUUACCAAUUCCCAAGCUCUAACACGUUCUUCGGGAGGGGAUACCACUUUCCACGGUAUUUCGUCCGUCACGUACGAUUUUGGCAAGAACGUCGCCGGCCUGGUCUCCCUGGAGGUCGGAUCCGUCUCUUCUCCCUCGGCUUUUUUGGGGGUGACAUUCUCCGAAUCCAGUCUGUAUAUCAGCAGUGAAGCCAGCGAUGCCACCGCCGACGCAGGUUUGGAUACACCACUGUGGUUUGCCGUAGGUCGAGGUGCUGGGAACUACACCCCGGAGGAAAAGUAUCUGCGCGGUGCAUUCCGAUACCUCACAGUCGUGAGCAAUACGACUGCGACGGUCUCUCUCCAGUCACUUCAUGUCCAAUUCCUGGCUGCUCCCGAGCAGAAUCUCCGAGGCUACACUGGAUGGUUCCACUCAAAUGACGAAUUGAUCAAUAAGAUUUGGUAUGCUGGCGCAUACACGAAUCAGCUCUGCACGAUCAAUCCGUCGCAGGGAAACGCAUUGGUCCAUCUAGGCAGUAUCAGCUCGAGCGACAAUAUCACGCUCCCGCAGACUGAUACCUGGUGGAAUAAUUACACAAUCACGAAUGGCAGCAGUACCAUCACUGACGGUGCAAAACGCGAUCGACUAGUAUGGCCGGGUGAUAUGUCCAUCGCCCUAGAGAGUAUUGCCGUCAGCACUGGAGACUUGUAUAGCAUUCGAAUGGCCCUCGAAUCAUUAUUUGCCCUGCAACACUCUAACGGUCGUCUUCCAUACGCAGGAAAGCCUUUUUACGAUAUUGAGAGCUAUACUUACCACCUGCACAGUCUCAUUGGCAUGUCGUAUCUGUAUCGCUUCUCGGGGAAUCAGAACUGGCUGGCUCAGUACUGGGAUCAGUACGUACGAGGUGUCGAGUGGGCUCUGUCCAGUGUGGAUAACACGGGACUGGCCAACGUGACUGCCAGUGCGGACUGGCUGCGAUCUGGAAUGGGAGGACAUAACAUCGAGGCAAAUGCUAUCCUCUAUUUCGUGCUUCAAGAUGCCCAAACCCUCGCCCAGGAGCUCAACCAGACCACCACAACGACCAAAUGGAACCAAAUUGCGGCUCACAUCAAAACAGCUGCCAACCAGCUUCUUUGGGACAAAGAUGCCGGACUGUAUCGCGACAACGAGACAACCGCCCUCCAUCCACAAGACGGCAAUUCCUGGGCGAUCAAAGCCAAUUUGACCUCGUCCACAAACCAAACCAUCGCCAUCUCUCAGGCCCUCAAAUCCCGCUGGGGAACAUAUGGAGCCCCCGCUCCAGAAGCCGGAACCACCGUCUCCCCUUUCAUCGGCGGAUUCGAGCUGCAGGCACACUAUCUCGCCGACCAACCCGCAGCCGCACUAGAUCUGAUCCGGCUGCAAUGGGGGUUCAUGCUGCAAGAUGGCCGAAUGACACAAUCCUCCUUCAUUGAAGGGUAUUCCACGGACGGAUCAUUACAUUAUGCGCCGUACAGCAACGAUGCACGCAUUUCGCAUGCCCACGGGUGGUCCACGGGACCAACCUCGGCGCUCAGCACGUAUGCGGCGGGCAUUCAGCUGACGGGGCCGGCGGGAGCGGAAUGGCGCAUUGCGCCUCAACCGGGCAAUUUGAGCAGUGUGGAUGCUGGUCUUUCAACUUCAAAGGGACAGUUUGCAGUUCGCUUCCAGCGUAAGAAUAGGAAGUAUGAGACAUUGUCUUUUCAGACACCGUCAUCCACGCGGGGGGACGUGGUCUUGCCGGGGACAUGGGGGAGUCUGGUAUCGAAGAGGGAAGAACGUGUCUCACUGGUUAAUGGUGUUGCCCGUGGGUUGUGUGGGGGAAGCUGGAAGCUGGAGAUAGAU